GUGUCAUGGAGGCUCAGUGUGCGAGCGGCCAUUGAAGGGAAAGGAGCUGCGUGUUUCGCAACAGGAGGAGGGAUCGGGGUGGCAGAGAAGCCCGGAGUUCUCAACUCCGCUCGCACCGCCUUCGGGGCCCUUUGCUGAACAGCCGAGAGGGGGGGAUUCUCCCUUUAUUUUGUUCUUCUUCUCCCCCUCGCCACGCAUCCCCACGCCUGCCUGUCGGGUUCUCCUUAGGUAGUUUGCGCCCCUCCCUCCUUGCUCUCCACUUUGGAGAGGCUUUCCAGAUGGAGAUGAAAAAGCUGGAAAUGAAGAAGCGCGUUAACCUGGAGUUGAGGAACCGCGCGCCCGAGAAGGUGGCUGAGCUGGUGCUGGACAACUGCCGGUCCAGCAAUGGUGAAAUUGAAGGCCUGAACGACUCGUUCAAAGAACUGGAGUUUCUCAGCAUGGCCAACACAGAGCUGACCUCUUUGGCCAAGCUCCCCACGCUGACAAAGCUUCGAAGGCUGGAACUGAGUGACAAUCUAAUUUCCGGCGGUCUAGAAGUCCUGGCAGAGAGAUGUCCAAAUCUUACAUAUCUAAAUUUGAGCGGCAACAAAAUCAAGGAUCUCAGCACUGUUGAAACUCUUCAAAAUCUGAAGAACCUGAAAAGCCUUGAUCUGUUUAACUGUGAGAUCACAAAUCUGGAAGAUUACAGAGAAAGUGUGUUUGAACUGCUCCACCAAAUCACGUAUCUAGAUGGGUUUGAUCAGGAUGAUAAUGAGGCCCCUGAUUCAGAAGAGGAAGACGAUGAUGAUGGGGAUGAAGAUGAGGAUGAAGAUGAGGACAAAGCUGGUCCCCCAGGAGAAUAUGAGGAAAACGAUGAAGAUGAUGAAGCUUCAGACUUGGGGGAGGGGGAAGAGGAAGAGGAAGAGGAGGAAGUGGGUCUUUCCUAUUUGAUGAAAGAAGAGAUUCAGGAUGAAGAGGAUGAUGAUGAUUACGUAGAGGAGCGAGACAAUGAGGAAGAAGACGCCGUUGUCCGGGGGGAGAAGAGAAAACGUGCAGCUGAAGACGAAGGAGAUGACGACGAUGAUUAAGUCGCAGAAAAUACAAAUAGGACCCGAUUCAUUUUUGUUGGAAUUAUGCAAUAGUGAUAUGCAGAUUUGUAAGGCUCCAUGUAUGAUAGGUCUCUACAAAAGAUAUUAAUGUGUUUAACUUUUUAUAGGAAGUGUUUUACUAUGUUUGCCCUUUUUAUCAUUCCAACUAAGACAUAAUAAUCCAUUAUUGAUCAUAUUUCCAUAUGUUUUACUCACUGAAGCAGUUGUCCCUAUUUCCUGCCUAGAAACUUUAUUCCUCCCAUUUUUUUCCUUCUGUUUCCUCAUUAUGAGCAUGCUGUUAACCCUAGCCAGUUACUUCAGAUGGUUGAACAGAUUUAAUUUAAACUUUUAAGAGAGCAUGCUCAUGUCAAAUAUACAAGAGUAAGAUAACCAACUCUUCACUGGAAAGGACUAUAUCACAACUGAAAUGGGAAUUAGGUGAUCUGGAAAUCACAUUUUACCUAUCAUUUCAUUUUAAAAGGAUAUCUGAAUCCUAGUUCAUUUGUGUGUGUGGUUAGUCUCUCACUCACUCACUCACACACAAACAUUUCUGGUAGAUAACUGUAAGGAAGACUGGAAUACAGUUCUCUAAAAUAGUCUCAAUCUCCCAUAACAAAAUAUAAACUGGAAAUAAUUAUAGUUCAUUCAAGAUUAUAACUUCUUCAUGAUCUUUAGUUUACAUGCACAUUUCAGAAUUCUUUUGUUCUGGUUAAAAUGUGGAACAGUCAUUCCUCAGUACUAAAUUUAAACCAAUAGAAGUUAUUCUGCAUUUUCUUUCUCGCUAUAUUGCGCUUUCAAGCAAUAUUGGUAGGUAGUUAUACAAGUGGGCUUAGAGCCAAGCUCCUGAAAACCACAAGUUGCUUGCGUUACUGAACAGGGAAGACAUUUAGGAAGGCAGCUGUUUAAUUCAGGGCAUGGCCCCUGAAGCCAACAGAGGGGAGAAUGGCUUUACACCUUGAGUCAUGGAAAGAAAUAUACAAAAUUGCAAACGAUUUGGAGUUCUCUCUGGGAUAGGUUUAGUUCGUAUUGGUUCUCAUUGAGGAAAGUUAUUCAACCAGAGUCCUUGAUUUCACUGUUAAAAAAAUAUAGAAAUACAUUUGCUAAAUGUGAUCAGCAAGGCAAUACUAAUCUUUUCUGUGGAAGGUAGACUGGUUAUGUUCUUAUUCCCUUUUGUGCAGGUUAUUUUGAAAACGUAGAAAAAAUGAAUUCAGAUCUCUUUUCUGGUUCUCUGCUUCUGACAGAUGAACUUGUAUUAUUAAAUAAAUAUUUUGCUCAAAUA